GCUCAGAAACCCGGGGGAUUUCUGCAGGAGGCCGCUCACCAAAUCGUCGCUGGGGGCUCUGCGGGUAACUGAGAACAUGAACUUCUGGGGAGAUGCUAUUUCUUUUGUGAUUGCCACUCUUCACCCUUUCCAAACCAAAGACAACCCAGGACUUUAAUUUCUUCCCCGCAAGGUUCCAAAUUCAAAGAGGGAAAGCUGAUCCAACCAGUUACAAGAGCCUGGGGGACUGUUUUAAGACUAUUUUCCAGCGAGAAGGGACCUUCCUUGAUUCAUUCUGUGCCAGUAGUCUAGGAGUAAAUCUCUGUAAAUCUCACAAUCUUCAGCAAGUGGAAUAGAAAGAGUCUUGAAGUCACACCUGAAACAGUUUUGAUUGCUUGGCUUCUACAAAGGAAUAUUUCCCCCCAUCUUGGCUGAGACACCCAAAAGGGCAGUAAAGAAAUCUGGUAUUUCUGGAAGAUGAAAAGUCAAAGUUUAUAACUUUAUGUUAGACUGAACUUGGAGAAAAGAAGUGAUGAUGCCAAUGCAAUGGUUAACAGAUGAACUUUUGGGGCAAAUUUAUAUUGUUCAUGUGUUCCCAGACAUCUUGUUUCAAGCAUAUAUUUUUAUCUUAGAGUUAUUGAACCAUCUGUUUUUCACCUUUGAACAAUACAAGAAGCUACUAGGAUAUUCAUCCUUACCCCCAGGACUGGCAUUUGCAGUUGCUGGCUUGGGAUCUGGGUUGACAGAGGCAGUUGUGGUUAACCCUUUUGAAGUUGUAAAGGUCACCUUGCAGGCAAACCGGAAUGCCUUCACAGAGCAACCAUCUAGCUUUGUUCAAGCUCAGCAGAUCAUUAAAACUGAUGGUCUGGGCUUCCAAGGACUCAACAAAGGUCUUACUGCAACACUGGGCCGUCACGGAGUUUUUAACAUGAUUUACUUUGGAUUCUACUUCAAUGUGAAAAACAUUCUUCCAGUCAAUAAAGAUCCAAAUUUGGAGUUUUUGAGGAAAUUUGGAAUUGGGCUAGUCUCAGGAACAAUAGCCUCAAUUAUUAACAUUCCUUUUGAUGUUGCAAAAAGUAGGAUUCAAGGACCACAGCCAGUUCCUGGAGAGAUCAAGUACAGAACCUGUUUUAAAACUAUGGCAACAGUCUAUAAAGAGGAAGGAUUUCUGGCUCUGUACAAAGGUUUGAUUCCCAAGAUCAUGAGACUCGGUCCAGGUGGUGCAGUGAUGCUUUUGGUUUACGAAUACGUUUAUGCAUGGCUUCAGGACAGAGUUGAUCACAAGUAGUACUUCUGAAAAAUGUACUCUCUAAAAUUAUAUGCAUUCUAGAAUACAUUUUAAUAAAGUAAAAGUUAUUCUCACCCUUUAUGGUGCUGAAUACCCUCAGAUUACACUGAUGUUAACACAGUUCAAAAUAAAUUUGGUCUUCAGGUCCUGAUCCAAGAUAACAUUUUAGCAUGUGCUUUUCUGUAAGUGCCUAAAUACUC